UAUCAUUCCUGUAGUCCCACCCCCUGCUCUCCGACGUCACUGAUCUCUUUCCGUCAAGAUGGCGCCCCCCAUGCCGCUUUUGGCAGUCAGAGGAUCAGAUGGGAUCCGUAUGGUCAAUGGACCCCCAAUCUUUGCAGACUGUGAAGCAUUUCCAAGGGAUCCAAGUAAAAACUGCAAAGUAUUCGCUUUCAGUAAGGAUGGAAAACUAUUUGGAUGGUGCAAUGGAGAAGCAACAAAUAUAGCGAGCACAGCUGACAGCAAGUUACUGCACACCUUUGAUCUACCUAAAGUAAUUGGCCUUGAAUUCUCUCCAAAGAACACAAUACUAGCAACAUGGCAGACCUAUACAACCGGCAAAGAUGGCACAGCAGGAGUGCCUAACUUGCAACUGUAUGACCUGAAAACCGGGCAAUGUGUGAAAACCUUUAUUCAGAAAAAAAUGCAGAACUGGUGUCCUUGCUGGUCUGAAGACGAAAGAAUAUGUGCCAGAAAUGUAAACAACGAAGUGCACUUUUUUGAGAACAAUAGUUUUGAUACUAUUGCAAACAAACUACACUUACAAAAAGUGAGUGACUUUGAGUUAUCCCCCGGAGAACAUCCCUGUAAGGUAGCGGUGUAUGUUCCUGGAAGCAAAGGGGCUCCUUCAUUUGUAAGGCUAUACCAGUACCCCAACUUUGCUGGACCCAACUCUGCCCUUGCCAAUAAAAGUUUCUUUAAAGCAGACAGAGUCUCUAUGCUGUGGAAUUCAAAAGGUACUGCAGUACUUGUGACAUCCAGUACUGAUGUGGACAAAACAGGAGCUUCCUACUAUGGAGAGCAGACUCUUCAUUAUAUAGCAGUAAAUGGAGAAAGUGCAGUCGUGCAGCUUCCAAAAAAUGGUCCUAUCUACGAUGUUGUAUGGAACCAAAAUGCAACAGAAUUUUGCGUUGUUUAUGGGUUCAUGCCAGCCAAAGCUACAGUUUUUAAUCUUAAAUGCGACCCCAUAUUUGAUUUUGGCACUGGUCCUAGAAAUGCUGCAUUCUACAGCCCUCAGGGACACAUUUUGGUGCUGGCUGGGUUUGGCAAUUUGAGAGGACAAAUGGAAGUAUGGGAUGUAAAAAAUUAUAAGCUAAUUUCUAAGCCAACAGCCUCUGAUGCCACUUUUUUUUCUUGGUGCCCUAAUGGAGAACAUAUGGUCACUGCCACAUGCGCCCCAAGACUACGUGUGGGAAACGGGUACAAGAUAUGGCACUAUACUGGUACUCUUCUACAUAAAUAUGAUGUGCCAGAAAACACAGAACUUUGGCAAGUUACCUGGCAACCUUUUGUUCCUGGGGUCUUUCCAGCAAAAUCUAUUAUUUUCCAGGCCGUGCCUAGUGAUAUCCCAUCAGAAGAGACUAAGCCGGCACAGGCAUACAGACCUCCAGCCCUCAGAAAUAAGCCACAGACUAGUUACAAGCUGCAUGAAGAUGAGCCUCCCCAGAAUAUGAAGCCACAGUCAACAGAUAAAGCUUUGUCCAAAACUGCUUUGAAGAACCAAAAGAAAAGAGAGGCAAAGAAGGCAGCAAAGCAGGAGGCCAAAGCAGAAGAGCCUGCUGAGCCAGUAUCGGAGACGACGCAGAAUAAUGUCCCAGCCUCAAUAACUACAGGUGACCCGGAAACAGAUAAAAAGAUCAAGAAUUUGAAAAAGAAACUAAAAGCAAUCGAACAAUUGAAAGAAUUGCAGGCAUCCGGUAAACAGUUGGAGAAAAACCAGAUGGAGAAAAUCCAGAAGGAACAUUUGCUUGUGAAGGAAAUUGAAGACUUGGAACUUGGUGUAUAAAGUUUUUCCGGUUGUCAUUAAACAUUAAUGGCUAAA